AUGUCAACUCCGCAACAACACGUUCCGAAAGGCCCGCGCCGGUCUGGCAAGAAGCACAACAAGCCUCAGCCUGCUCAAAAUGGCCCGGCAAAUGCUCCACGAAACGCUGUCUCCGAGAACGAGUCUGCAGUAAAGCAUGUACAACCCACUGCAAGUACAGAUGCCUCAAAACCACGCAGCAAGUCUCAUGCACAUAACAAGCCUCCAGUCAGUGGCAAUGCUUCCGACACACCUGUUCCAGCCAAAUCACAAGGGACGCCAUACAAGAAUCUUUAUGCUGGUCCUGCCUGGCAUAAUUCUCCCGCCGCAUCUUCGCUUCCAAUUCCCGAAUUCUACUCCAAAUCCGUCCCUGCAAAGCAGCCUCCACCCAUCAUCGAAAAUUCCAUUGAUCAGGAACUCAUCACCGCCCCUGAUGCUGCGACUCCAACGAAGCGAGAGUCUACACCGCUAGACUGGAUGUUUGAUGCUGAGCGGAAGCGGAGAGAUGGUGUGAGAAGCGAUAGCCUCGCUGCUCAAGGAGCACAAUCUGUUCCAUCUCGAAGCCCAGCUGCACGAUCGCCUGCACCAGACUCCAUUUUCCCUCUUGAACUAGACGGAGCUACGGGCCCUGGCGAACAAGCCGUUACUUCGACCUCUUCGUUCAACGAUCGAAUCAAUUCUGUCAAACGUUCUACCUCCAAUAGCGCUUGCACAAUGGACGAUACCGAACGAAAAGCCAAGACAGACGCUCUGAAGCAGAUGCUGUUCGCGAGCCCCCAGAAGUCGCCACAGCCUCUCGAUCCCAACAACCCAUUCAAUGCUAGAGCCCCACAGCCGCGCCCGUACACGGCUCAACCACUAUCAAAUCCAAACAGACCAUCUCACCUCCGCUACCAAGCAGCGAGCGAAACAGAAGCAGCUGAGCUGUCAUCCGAUUCUGGUAUCACGCCUCCACGCACAUCUACCGCUCGACGGCAGGCAAAUGCCACAGUUCCAACCCAGGUACCGCCCGGCGGACCGGUCUUCUCACCACCACCACAAACCCAGUUUCCACAAUACCAAAUCCCAAACCAACCCUUUCCCAGCCCUGGAGCCUUCCCAAUGGGUCAGCCCAACUCCGGCCGACCACCGGCUAUGCAUCCAGCAAAUAGUCACGGACCCAACCAGCAGCAGCCCUAUCAGCCUCCUGGCUAUUUCAGCCCGCCACCACCCAACAGCAUGCAUGGUCAAGGUCCUCCCCAGCAGCACCGCCACUCGGUUGCUGCGUACCCCACUGGCAAUCCUGGCGGUCCACCUGCCAAGACCAAACCGACAGCGGCGCAAAUGGAGAAUGAGCUAAGGUCAGUGCUCAACCUAGGGAACCUGAACAUCGCCAGUCGUGGUUGA